CAGUUGCCAGGCAUGGAUGGGGCUUUCCCUGCCCACGCUCGAGACUCGAGUGUGAGUGGGCGGCGGUGACGGGCGCAUCAUAGCGAGGAGUAUAAAUGGGAGUCGAGAUCCUAGUUCGGGCAGAGGAGCGAGAGACAACGGUGUCUUCCUGCGUCACUCGAGCUAUCGGAGGAGGUUCCCCUUCCUAGAGGUGCAGCAGCAGCAGAAGAAUCUUCGCCAUCAGCAGCCGCAGCCGCCACCGCAGCAGCCACCUCCCCGCCGCAGACAUGAAUUGCUUUCUGCUCGUCCAGCCGCGGGUGCCGAUGUCGCCCCGCGGUGUCACCGUGCGCCUGCCGUCCCGCGCGGCGCUGUCGACGGGCGAGCGCGAGGAGCUGAGCGUCACGGCCGAGCGGCUGCUGAGCCGCACCCUCACCGUGGAGGUGGCCCUCGAGACGCUGCGCAACGCCCAGCAGCAGGAGGCCCUGCGCAAGGCCAGCUCGCUCAUCGACGACGUCGCCGCACGGCUGCGGGACGACCUGGACGGUGCCAAGCGGCGCCUCGCCUCGCUGCACGGCGCCUGCCACGCGGACGGCGAACCCUCCUCGUCGGGUCCCCUCGACAGCAAGUUCCAGUCGCUGGUCAUCGGCUGCGCACUCGAGGAUAGGAGGAAGCUCAAGAAGAGGUUGGCGACGCUCAUCCGCAACGUGGAGAACGCGGACCGCGCCAUCAAACUGCUCGACCAUCAGUACCAGAAGUCGUCCGUGAGUGGCACCGGAACGAUGACCCGGCGAUAAAGAACAUCUCAAACAUCACUGACACCUUCGCCAACUCGAUCACCGUCCUCCCACACAUGUCCCAACUCCUCCUCGCCCCAACGCCACUCGUGGGGCAUCCGUUGAUCGGUCUCUCUCUGUGUCUGUGGCCGUGAAUUUAACCGAGAGGAGGAACGAGGGAAUGAAUGAAGGGAGAAAGGCUGCGAGCGAGGUCCUGAAUCGGGGCAUGGGGGAACCGAAGGAGAUGGGGGGGAGGUCCCAUCUCGGGGUGAACCCGAUGGGAGGUCCGGUCCGGUCUUCGUGCCCCUCCGCGAAGCGCAAAUAUCGGCACCCGGUAGAACGAACGAACGAAUGACCGAACAGAGUGGAGGGAGCGAACGAAGAGAAAAAGACUGCGUGCCAAUUUGCGUUAAUUUGGCUUCCGAGCCGAGUGUGAGUGUUCAUUCAUUAAUUCUCAGAAGCAAUGAACAUCCGUCUAGUCACGUGCCAGGCGCUCGGUGUGAUUAGCCUAAUUAAUGAUGAUGAUUAAUAAGCUUUCGGGCUAGAUAAACAACAGCGAAUCGCUACGCACGUGGCGACGUAAAGCCGUGUAAAUACGUUCCGAGUGAAUAUGCAAAACCAACCAGCGCUCGCGUGUGAUCGAGAUCGAGACGCAAUACCAUGAAUUGUUCGUGUCGCGUAACAACGAGAGUGUUCAUUUAGCAACAACAGCACCGACAACAAACCUGAUCGACGCAUGAAUCCGUGUUUGAAGCGCCGACGUGUCUGGCUGGUGACGAUGCCCAGUGUUGCGCGUAGGUUUGUGUGGUUGUGCUGCGUGGCUUCUCAAAUGUGUGCGUGUAUUUUUUUUUUGGGGGGGGGGGUGUACCGCUAAAAGCGUGGUUGCUGUUGUUGAUGUGACAUGAUGACUGCCCGACGUUUACGCUACACGCGCUGGGAGCUUUCUUCCUCCUCCGAAUUUAAAUAACAAAAUUCGGCUCAAUUAUUCACUUUACGGAAACCCGAAUUGUAAUUUUCUAGAAGACGCUACCAGCACGUGCAGAGAAACGUCGGACAUCACUCCGAACAACACGCGGUAUCCACCAGAGGGAUCACAAAAAAUAUAUACCCCCCCACACACACACAUCGAAAUGAGCUGUGGCUACUUGUGUUGUACUUUGGGUAAGUUGGCCGGAAGGUGGCGCGCGAUGGCCAUCAUGAACUGGGUUCGUUUCUUGGAUGUUUGUCGUUAUUGGCACGUGUCCGAUUAAAGUUGCCACUCAGCACACACCGUUGUUGAGAAAGUGGA